AGUCUUGAAAACACAACGUAUUUGACAUUUCAUUAUUUGGGCGAGCUAUGUGAAUUUCCUGCGUGAAAAUUUUAAGAAUUCACAAUGGCGUCUCGACUGCUUGCAGAUUUAGAGUUCCCAAUCAAUUUUAUUAAUAUUUUGAUGAAUGAUUGUGAACUUGGAAUAUUCGAGUUAUUGACAUUCGAUUUAGAGGACUUCCGUCGAAUCUUAGAGCCUUGUGGAAUAGAUUGGUCUUAUAAAAACCUUUCUGAACGGAUAAGUGCUUGGAGAAAACGAAACAAACAGCAAAUAGCAGCUCUUUUGAACAGCGACGCGGUACGGAAAACAUUGCAUUCAAAUGCAGCGCCUGUUGCAGAUCAGCUCGAUACAUCAGCGGAGGAGCUAUUGGAACAGGAUCCAGUGUUGGUGAAAACCGCGGUGGAAGCGGGUAAUCCGGAAGAGUGUGUUGAACAAGUGACAUUAGAACUGCCAGCGGUCAUUGAUUGGGAAGUUUCAUCAAAAAACAGUCCAACAGAAAAAAGUUGCGAAUGUAUAGGUUAAGGAAAUGUUGAAAGCGAACCUUCCGAGCAUGAUGUUCCCGACAAGUUAAGCAGUUCUCCUCAACGAACUGUACUGACUACAAACGUAUUGAGAACCCUGCUUGAGAAAACUGAGAUCGGAAGAGAAAUUAUUAAUAGAGCAAAUGUAGGGGAGCUGUCGGAAGCGAAACAAUUACAACUGGCUGGCAUUGUAGCUCAAUAUCAUUUCACGUUGAAAAAGAAGUUGAAGGCAGAUGAUUUGGAAACAUUCAAUCGAACAAUAAUAAUGUUGUUUAGAUCAGAAAAAAAGGUAAGAAAUAUACGAUAACGAUCAAAUCAUGAAAUUAAUGCAAUAUUUCAUAGGACAACUACUAUAUACCACGAGGGAGAGAUGAAAUAAAACCCGGACGGCAAAAUCGCGAAUAAAAUUGGCAAUCUGAAACAAAGUAAGAGGAAGAGUGACAAAAAAGAAACGAUUCACGAGAAGCGAUCGAAAGGUAUAGUUUACGACAAUCAGCCAAGCAUCGAUGAAGCAGUAGAGUGGUUGAUGCUCAAUCAAAAUCCUUGGUCUACAGUACUGGAUAAAUGGGCAGCAAGUUAUUCCUUCAGAAAACAAUAUCUUGGAAAUGUGAAAACAUUGCCGAAACUUUUGGCGGAGUUUCCGCACUACAAAAACGCUUUUGGUUACCAACUGGUAAGUUUAUCCCUCUAUCGCAUACUAGUCUUUAA